AGGAUUAAUGCAGUUUCACUUAAGUGUGUGUGUGCGUGUGUGCGUGUGUGUGUGGUGUGUGUUCCGCGCUGCCGAGCAGGUUAAGUAGCUCGGUUACACGGAUAAUAACUCCGCGUACUGUUAUGAAAGGGGGACAUUAUGGAGCAGUGACAAGGAGUGACCCGGUUAUUUAUUCCUGAGAGGAAAUAGCGGCUGUGUGUCGGUGCGUAAACCGGCUGAGCGGCUCUUUACUCACGAACCGGAGAGGAUCCGUCCGACGCAUCGUGGCAUCCGCGUGCGUGUGUUUGUUUGUUUGUUUGUUUGUUUGUCAGCACCUGGAAAAAGUUACUUCACAGCGGAAGUCUGAGGGGAAGCCGAGCUCUGCUGGUCCACCACACCGGGAAGGAGACCGCACGCAUGUCGGUGUGGAGUUACCAACCAACGGCAUGCAUGUUUCAUGGCGGGGCCAUCCUGUGUGAGUGACAGUCCUUUUUACAGGUGCUCUCCUCCUCCUCACCUGCGGAAUCAAUGUGACCCUCAGUCAGCUGACCGGAGGCCAGUUUGUGGGAAGAAAAAACUGUUGUUGUUCUCUCUGUUUCGCCCUGCUGCUCAGCUCACAGGGAAGGACAAGAAAUGAGGGCCUUGUCUGCGUAGCGAAGCGUCCCAGUUAGUUAAAGAUGGUUCAGCGAAGGUCCCCUGUGAUUAUGCUUCCUCCCGUGGUUACGGUUGCACCAGUAAGCAGUCGGGAAUGUCCACCUCCUGCCUAUGACAUGGUUUAACCCACUCACGAUCCGGUCACCGUGAUGGCCUCCAUGGUUGCCAAUGGAAACCCAGAUGGGCCGUCUCUGGUCUUAAAAGGGGUGGAUCCGGAGACCUGCAUGAUUGUGUUCAAGAACCACUGGUCUCAGGUGGUGAAGAUCCUGGAAAAGCAUGAUCCCCUGCGCGGCACCUCCACCCUGCCCUCCCUCAGUGUCCUCAACCUCAGCGGCGGCCCUCGCUUCGGCCCCGUCCCCGGAGACGAGGCGAGCGCGGUGCAGAACUACGUGGAGCACAUGCUGUUCCUGCUGAUGGAGGAGGAGAGCGGUCAGGCCGGCGCCAUGGGCCCCAUCCUGGAGUUUGUGGUGAUGGAGAACGUGAUGGAGCGUCUCUUCGUGUGGAGCCUCCGCCGGGAGUUCACGGACGACAUGAAGCUGGAGCAGCUCAAGAUGUACGAGAUGCUGGCGGGCCAGGCGCGCCAGCCCCUGCUGCACCACAAGCCCAUCCUGCGGCCGCUCAUCAUGCUGCUGUCGUCCUGUUCGGGCACCGCGGCGCCGCAGGUGGAGGCCGAGCUGGUGCUGCUGCUCAACCAGCUGUGCUGCGUUCUGGCAAAAGACCCCUCCAUCCUGGAGCUGUUUUUCCACACCAGCGAGGACCAGGGAGCCACCAACUUCCUCAUCUUCUCCCUGCUCAUCCCCUUCAUCCACCGGGAGGGCACAGUGGGCCAGCAAGCCAGAGAUGCACUGCUGCUCAUCAUGUCGCUCUCUGCCGAGAACGAGCGAGUGGCCAAACACAUCGCGGAGAAUACCUACUUCUGUCCGGUUCUGGCCACCGGGCUGAGCGGCUUGUACUCGUCUCUGCCCACGAAGCUGGACUUCCCCAGUGCCGAUUGGCACUGCCUGCACAAAGAGGACUGGCUCCGGGUGCCGUCCCUCGUCCAGUUCCUCAACUCGCUGGAGUUCUGCAACGCUGUAAUUCAGGUGGCCCACCCGGAUAUCAGAGACCAGCUGGUUAGCUACAUCUACAAGGGAUUCCUCGUGCCUGUCCUAGCACCCGCUCUCCACAAGCUGACCCUGGAAGAGGUGAUGACCACCACAGCAUACCUCGACCUCUUCCUGAGGACGGUCUCUGAGCCGACGCUGCUGCAGACCUUCCUCUCCUUCAUCCUCCUCCACCGACAUGAGAACGUCCACAUUUUAGACACUCUGGUCAGCCGCAUCAACACGCCGUUCCAGUUGGGCACUGUGUCCCUGGCACUCUUCCGCACUCUGAUUGGCUUAUACUGUGAAGACGUGAUGCUGCAGCUCAUAUUGAGGUACCUGAUCCCCUGUAAUCACAUGAUGUUGAGUCAGAGGCGUGUUGUUGGGGAGAGGGACUGCUACUCUGUGUCAGCAGCCAAGAUCCUGGCGUUAACGCCGUCCUGCUGCUCUCCCGAUCACAGCCCCCCGCCUCUCCGACAGCUGGACUCCAUCCUCUUUUCCAAGGGUGCAGAGACUCCCAACAACACCAGCGCCACGGAGGAGAGGGAGAGCUUCGUAGAGGAUGACGAUGGCUCGGGUAACUCCUGCACCAUCGGCUCAGAGAUCUACCUGGAUGUCAGUUAUCUUCAUUACCUCUACGACGCCCGUCUGAGCAUCAGCAGCUGCAUAAAGGCCUGCCAGGUUUGGUCCGCCCCGUACGACGGCGAGGACCCCCCACCUGAGAAAUACCAGCCCGGCGUGCUGGAGGAGCCCGGGCUGAAGAGUUGGCAAACCCAGAUGGCUUUCAAGCGAGUUCCGCACCCGCUAGCGCCUCGGCCCUGCCCGCCGCCCAGAACGGAGCCGCCCUCCAUCACCCAGCAGGAGCUGGAGUGGGACGAUAGCUACGAUGCGUGCCCGGUGCAGACCGGACAGGCCCCUGUGGAGCCUAAACGUCCACAGCCGCCUCCUGCUGAGCCCCCGAAGCACAUCCAGGAGAUGAGGAAAACAGCCAUCAUGUUUGUACAAGGUUCGUAUAUUGAGGAAAACGAGUUCCAGGACGACGUCAUGGUGUACGACCUCGUUGCCAAGAAAGACACCAGAGAUAUUGAAAGCGUUAGGCUCAAAUCCAGCGGGUCGGAACCGGGAUCAGCGGAGGUUCCCCUAAAAAACGGACUCAGUUUAACACUUCCAACCUCUGUGAUGGCUGAUAAAAAUACCUCGGACACGAAGGCCAAAGGUCAGACAGAUUGUAAUUCCCACCUGCAAAACACCACAGCUGCCGAGCCGGGUGACGAGCUUUUGGCUCAAUACGAGGAGCUCAUUCGCACGUUGGACACCAAAGCAGGUGGAAAGCAGUUCAGACCCGAUGGAGAGUUCAAGAAGCCCGUCACGCCUGCAGAGGAGGACGAGGAUGAGGAGGAGGAGGAGAUGGAUUUCACCUCCUUCUCCGCUGAGACGCCAGAGCCCGAGAAACUGCAGUCACCGUUCGGGCCCAAGUUUGGCAGCGGAAGUGUAGGAAGAAAGACGUCGGCGCCUUUCACCGGUCCGUUUGUCAGCGUGCUGCUGUCUCGUCUGGAGAACAUGCAGAGCAACACGCUUCAAGUCAACUUGCUGCUGACGGGCAUCCUGGCCCAGCUGGCGGCCUACCCUCAGCCUCUCUUGCGCUCUUUCCUUCUCAACACCAACUUGGUCUUCCAGCCGACGGUUCGCUCCCUUUACCAGGUACUGGCCACCGUGAAGAACCAGAUAGAAGAGCAGUCCGCCACCAGAACAGACUUCCCAGAGCUGAUCACUGCCGCCCAACACUGGCUGCUGGCCAGAGAGACUUCCCUCACAGCUGCAGACGACAGCAGAAGCUCCGCCCACGGCGAGGCCGCAAGGAUGAGGAAGAGUUCGCCGCCGCCCAAACCCAAAGCCAUCUCUCUGGAGCGGACGGAAGUCUUCGCCACCGUCCUCUUCACGGAGUUCCUCAAAGAACUGGCUGCUAUCGCACAGGAGCACUCCAUCUUAUCGUACAUUCCUAUGGAAGAGUGAUCGAGUCCCAGUAGAGUCCAGUGACUGAAAGACUUAUAAAGUUUUUUUAAACAAUGAUUUUAUGGUCUUUUUUUUCAGGCACUUUUUGAUGAAAAAAAGUCUUAGCCCACGCAAGCAAAGAUAAUCAGUUCAUAACAACUUUAAUUUAAUCUUUCUACUUCUGUCUGGCAGCCAAGAAGGAGGCGUAGACUUUGAGCUGUUUGCUGAGGCCUGCACCAGCCCGAUAAUGCUCAUAAGAGCGAGCACCAGGUCCACCGACCAAAGACUGUACAGAGAAGAUUUGAGCAAAAACAGCAACGUGUUCUGAAGCAAUCAUCAGCUCUUAUCUGGACUUCCGAAUGCCGCUGCUCAGUGUGGAUCUGUUAAAUACUCAGGUGGCUUUUCGGAGAGUUGUUGCCUCUUUGCCGUAGGAUUACGCGCCAUAUCUGAGCACCGCGUGGAGCCUCGGCCGCUCUCGCAGGGCGAGCCUUUGAAUUAACAGCAUUAAAAUGUCAUUUGAAGAUUUAACUGUCGGAGCCGACAUCGUCACACCUCCAGACGUCUUAUGCAACCGUUACAUGACAACUUUUUGUUUUGGGGCAAAACCGGUGGGUCACAUUUGGUGUUUAGGUGUACAUUUGUUUUGGUAUUUUAUUUUUGUUCCGGUAAUUCGUGACGGUACCUCAGGAGUCUUUCUCUAAACGGCCUUCGGGUGAAGCCAUUUCUCUACAAUGCACUAGUUUCUCGCAUCAGUGGGCUUCUCGAGACCUGACCUCCGAAACCAGAAUUAUUCAUGCUCUAUUUAAUUUGCCUUACUUUAGUAACGCUUUAUGAUGUACAUAUUGUUAGAAACAGAGUUCUAAUGACACAGGACACUAUGCAAAUCGUGGAUAUUUUGGGUAUAAUUAGAUAUUUUCAGAACGGGAAGGGGUAUUUAAGAGUUUCUAUCGCCAUAUUAGUUUCUUUUCACGUGGUUAUAUUAAAGGCUAGUUGUUACGGUUUGUGAUUAUUUUCUAUUGAGGGAUUGUGUAGGGUUUUGUAGUUGUGAUAAGUCUCACAUCACUGCUAAGAGAGUCGUAGUUUUGCAUCUGUUGGAAAAUAUCUCGCAUUGAAACGGUUACAGAGGGCAAAAUGUCGAACAUUGCCUUUCUUUUAGUCCAGGUAUUGCACAUGGUUGUUAAAAUGAGACAAUACAAGAUGUAUAUUUUGUUACAAAUCAUGCCUCAGCUUUCUUAAUGAAUUUACCAGGACAGAAAUACUUCUUAAUUAGUGCCUAAAUUAUGAUUUCUGUUCACAUUAAUGCCUAAUUUCAAAUGGAUUUACACAGGAACGUAUUGUUUUUGUUGAAGUUGUCGAUUGUCAAAGUGACGCUCUACAUAUUUUAUUCCUUCACAGAAGACAAACCAGGUUUCUAGGAGUGCAACAAUCACGUCAUCUAUUCACAACUUGAUGUCAAGAUAUAGUUCAUAUAAUGUGGACAUUUACCUUGGAAAUAUAGUCUUUUUAUAAUAGAAUUGUAUGCAGAAAAAUAUGUAAAAUGAUGAGAACUGUUUGUACAGAGCUCAUUAUGUCUGAGAUAAUGGAUAAUGGAAAAAAAGAGUAAAUUAUUAAGUGUAAGUCUGUAAAUCUUUCAAAACUACACUUUGUUGUAAAUCAUCUCAUAAGACAAAGAAUUGUUUUUAACUUUAGUCUUAAACCUGGAUUGUGUGUUUUUGUUCCUAUUUAAAUCCAUUCAGUUUCUACUUGCAACAGAUCAUGCAGUGGGAUCUUUAUUUGUACAAUAAGGGCUUGGAAGUGUAUAUUUGUCAGAGUGGUUAAAGUAUUUCUCUCUGGUAAAAGACUGUUUUUCACACUACAGUCUCACUGCAGACACCUCAGCCAGCACACAUUCAUUCAGUCUGGGUAAACAAGCCCAGCACAGCAUGACAAUCUCUGUUGUGGCAUGAAGAUGUGCGUUAUGACCAAGAUCAUAGACAAGUUUCUGUCUCCGUGGGUUUUUAUUCCAAAGAUUCAACCUUUCUUACACCAUUCGGCCUCAGUUUUCUGUCCAAGACCCAAAGGCAUGCCUCUUUUAAUAAAGCCAACUUCUGGUAAAUGAAACUGGA